AAUGCGUAUUAUCGCGAACCGCGUUCACCUCACCUUCGUGGGUUCUCCACCUUUCGUCUUUCGCCCAGGGAUGCCUUUCCAUGCCACAGUGUCAGCCAGGUAUGUUGACGGGGAGCCCCUCGAGGCAGAGCGGCUGGCGGAUUCCUCGCUGGUCGUCACUGCGACAGUUACCUCCAAGAACGGCGGGACUUACGCGCUCCCGCAGGUCGUUGUUCCCUCAGCCACGACCACCCAGCACGACCGGGAGGAAGCCAUCGCGAAGCUGCGGGAGGCCCUGGACAAUAACCUGGCGAUACAGGAUGGCGAAUACAGGACGGAGGCGGAGAUUCCCGACCUGCUGGACUACUUCGCCGGCGAUAAUCUUUUUGCGGAAUACCGGGAAAGGGGCAUCUUUAGAUUCCAAGUGAACCCUCCAUCGGACGCCGUCAGCCUCAUCCUCGACGUCGUCUACAGCGAUAGCGACUACCAGGGCGCCGCCUCCGCCCAGGCCAACGCUCAUUACUCGCCAGGAGACAGGUACAUACAGGUGACGUCCAGCACACACGAGGCAAAAGUAGGAGAAUUCGCCGUUUUUCACGUCAGGACGAACUUCCAGGCAGAGCAUUUCGUGUAUAUGAUAAUCUCCAAGGGCGUGGUGAUUCACUCGUCUAAGGAAGUGACCGGCGGGGACAACGUAGUGACCCUCAGUACGACGGUGGGGCGUGCAAUGGCCCCUCGAUUCACCAUCUUCGUUUACACUGUCACAGGGCACGGGCAUGUUGUGGCGGAUUCGAUCUCUUUGCCCGUCCAAGUGCUGGCUGAUACGAAGGUACAUUUAUCGACGAACCAACAUAAGGACCACAGCAAGAAGACGGUGGAGAUCGUGGUUGGCGCGCCCCCCGGUUCCUUCUACGCUCUCACCUGCCAACGGUCUUUAAACUUCAAUAAGCAACACCCAAAUGCUCUCUCGCACGCCCGCAUUGUCGAUAAAAUGUCUGAACUCGAGCCAAUGCGCAGAUCUCUCCACUCAGUCCUACACAAAUCCCGCGAAGGGGAGUUCGCAGACCGCCUAGUGAGUCUGCCAUCACCUAGCUAUGGCCAAGAUGUCCUGGCAGCUUUUCAAGGCGCUGCACUGAUUGUUCUGACAGACAUCAAACUCCAGCUCACUCCCGGAAACGUUGGCUCCUGCAAUCUGACAAGGGGUUUCCUGGAAUGCGGAGAUGGAACCUGCUUCCGACACCGCCAACUCUGUGACGGCAAAGCCCAGUGUGCUAAUAAGGUCGACGAAAUGGGAUGUAAGCCGCUGUAUCAAGACUUCCCUCCCGAUCACAGCAAAAACCAGAAUCACCUGAGCCUCGACUCUGACUCGCUCUUCAGGCUGCUCCGCGGGGGGCUCAUCCUCGACGUGUUCGACACGGACGACGUCGAGUGGUGCAACGGCGAGCUCUGGAUAGGUCAUCGCGGCCAGGAGGAGGUGGAGCGCGAGAUUGCCAAGACGGCCGAGGAGUGGGUUCUGGAGGCCUACACGCUCCACCCCGAGCACGGCCUGUCCUUUACUACUCAGCCGAUAUUUUUUACCGGCGAUCCUCCGUUCUUCAUUUUAGCGGAGGCUCCUUCAGUGUGCAGAAGGGGAGAACAGAUUUCCAUCCGCGUGUUAGUGCACAACAUGCUGGAGACGACGGUGCAAGCGCUGUUGCUCGUGCACGACAGCGACGACUACCGCUUCGUCCACGUGGAGAGCAAGGGCCGGGUGUCGCACUUCCAUCCCAGGACGUCCAGAGGACAGCACCAGCACCUGCUCUUUAUCCCGGGAGGAAGCAGCAAAGAGGUUGUCUUUCCCUUGGCCGUCGUGAAGGAGUCGGGCGCGAUGGAGGUGACGGUGGAGGCCGUGUCGCAGGUGCGGCGCGAUUCGGAGACGUUGGAAAUUGAAGUGAAGCCCGAGGGCGUGCCGGUCAGAAAGCACACGUCCCUCGUGCUCGACUUGAGGAACAGGGCCCUCGUCUACGAAUUCUUGGAUGUUGCGAUCGACGAGAGCCCCAUCAUUCCCUUCAGCAUCUUCAGGAGGUUCCUGUACGGAUCCCCCGCCGGCAGGAUAUCCAUUUCAGGGGAUGUGUUCGGCCCCAUCCUGGAGGGCAUCUCCGUCGACCACACGGAGGUGUUCGGGGGGCGCCAUCUGCGGAGCACCGACGGCGUGGCUUUCAAUUUCGGAGCCACGCUGUGGACGCUGCACUACUUGAGGCUCACGAAUCAGCUGGAUAUGUCGGAGGCAAAGGACUCCUUCGAGUACCUGACGGUGCAGCUCGCGGGCCUUAUGUGGCGCUGUCGGGACGGUGGAUUCAGCAUGUGGGCUUUCACUCCGCCAAAUGUUUGGGUGACCGCGAGAGUGCUAAACAUACUCUUGGCAGCCCAACACGAAGAUUGGGAGAAUCUGUUAUAUAUUGACCCGCGAAUCAUUAGGAAAGGCGUAGUGUUCCUGCUUCGCCACCAGAUGGCAGAUGGCGGUUUCAAAGAGGAGGGCUCUCGUGCGCUGGACAGCAAGGCCAAGAAGACAGGCAAGUCAUCUUCAGUACCUCUUACAGCAUUAGUUUUUCUCGUUCUGCACAAAGGUCUUGCCAGUCUCCAGGGUAGCGCUCGCGAUCACGCGAUUCGUGGACGAGCUCGGGCCGUCAGGUUUUUGGAGAGUCAGUUAGUACAUCUGAACGACAGUUACCACGUGGCUUUGACUGCACACGCCCUGACUCUCAUGGGGAGCUCUCUCGCGAAUGCUGCAGCCGGGAAGCUGGAGGCCAUGAUGUUGUCUGAUGGUGGAAUGAGCUACUGGUCGCGCACCCGCAUGAAGGCGCACACACGCCGACAGGAGACAAGCCAAAGGGCCUUCCUGCUUCCCCGAGAGCUCCAAGAAUGGGAUUCCCACGCCGUCGAGAGCACAAGCUACGCGCUACUAGUGUUCUUGGCUCGGGAAGGCGUCACGGCCACCACGGAACGGAUCAUGCGAUGGCUCAACGCCGUGAGAGACUGGGACCGGGCGUUCAUGUCCACUGUUGAUACGGUGGUGGCCAUGGAAGCGCUGGCGGAAUACGCUUUCAUAGCUCGGCUUCGUGACUUGACAGAGAUCGAAUGCACGCUGGAUGUGACAUCAGAAGAAACUCAGUCUGUUCACCUCUCUAUCAGUAACGUUUCAACGGCGUCGUAUCACACCUUUGAACUGGAGAACGUGUGGGGCCACAUCAACCUCCUGGCCAAGGGCUCGGGUCAGGCGGUGGCUCAGCUGGACGUGUCUUGGGGCGUCGACGUCCUUAGGUUCAUCGAGCAGCCGCACAAGAGGUACUUCGACCUCAACGUCGAGGAGAGAUACCACCAGUUCAGGAACAAGUCGCUCAUCACCACCACUGUUUGCGCGCAAUGGUUAGCUACAGAAGACAGUCACACGAGCCACGCCGCACUGGUGGAAAUCGAGAUUCCAACCGGCUAUAUAUUCUUUCAACCCAUUGCUGAAGUUACCGCUUUAGACAUCAAAGAAAACGGCACUUUUCCGGAAAUACGAAAUGUCCACACGACGAACACUCACGUCUUCUGGCAGUUUGAAUAUAUACCAUCGACCAAGAAGCAGUGCUUCAGCUACGACAUCCAGCGCUGGUAUCCCGCAGCUAAUCUAACAGCUGUUCGCUCUGCCACGAUAAUGGAAUUAUUUGCUCCAGAACACUUCGAGAUGGUGAUGAUAAACGCAACGCCCCUCGCCCUUCUGGAUAUCUGCGAAGUCUGUGGUUCCUAUCAGUGUCCAUACUGUCCCAUAUACAGUGGGCGUUCAUCGUCUGUCUGUGCUGUGUUCUAUCUCUAUGUGGGUUCUCUCAUGAUUGUUCUGUCGGUGUAUCUUAAGAGUGAUGUGGUGUUAUAGCACUGAUUGUUUGCAGUGUUUUGGGAUUUUUAAAGUGCCAUGAUUAUUUUUUUUUGUAUUCGUUUUCGUGAGAUAUAUUUUAGAUAUGCUGUAUACUUUGUUUUGUUUUGUUUUUAAGAUAACAUUAUCAGUUUAUUAUUAAUGUUAUCAGUUUUGUACUUUUAUGUUAUUUUGUUUUUCGCACGUGAAACAAAAGGAUAAUAGCAAAGGCUGUAAUGGUGCUAUCAAUAAUAGUAGCAAUAGCAAAAACAAAAAUGAUAACAGUCACAGUAAUGUCCCAGACAGUUUACGUUUUAGUACCAGGUGAAACAACAAGAAAAAAUAUUAAGAGGUGUAAAUGGCAUAUUUGUUAUAUAUCAUUAUACAGUGAGACACAACAUUAUCGAUCUUGAUAUCUGCAUUUAUCAUAACACUAUUUUAUCACGAAUGCCUAACUACAUAUACAAAUUAAUUAUACGUGCGGGUGUAAUGCAAUUUUCAGCGAACCCGGAGGCAUCAUGUUCAUUAUAUCUCAAACAUUUGCAGUUAUUCAUUAAAUACACAUACAUGCACAGACAUGUACAUAUGCAUAAACCUACACCUUCACCACAAACAUAGCUUCAUUUACAAAUAUCACUCUCUGACUGUGAUGUACCCUUAGUGAAUUUUCCCUUUUCAUUCACUGGAGAUCUGAUAUGAUCGUGAUGCUGUAUGGUAAGAUAAGAUGAACUCAGUUGCUUCAUUUGCAUUUCGAAUUUAUAGUUGAAUAUAAGAAUGAUUUUAUAUACGUAUGCAUAAGCUAAAUAACUUUUUUCAUAUACCUCUUUUGCAUCUUAUACUAAUUACUGUAUGUUUUCAGUGAAAAGCAGUUAUGUGUUUAGUUACCAGAUCAAAGCAAUUUAUUAGCAGUAUCAUUAUUUUCAUUGUCUUCAUUAAUGCCCCUUUUUUGGUAUCAGUUCAGAAAUCCAUAUAAUGUCAAAAUGAAUUGUCAUAUGCACAAGGGCGUCUCAUAUAUCGUCGGGUAUUCCUUACUGUUCCCCAAACAGAGCCAGUCAGCAUGUUACAUGACCAGCAAAACAGUGUACCAAAUGCAACGUCUGUAUUAAAAAACGUGUAGUAUUCCAGAAAGCUGAUAUUAUUAUUUUUUAAAUCAGCGAAAAAAAACUCAUCAGGAUGCAAAAAAAAAAAAAAAAAAAAAUGACGUGAAUGAUAAACACGUCGUUCAUGCCUUGUAUAUGUAUAUAGAAGGCAUGUUCUAUAUGCCUUGUCUGUUUUCCCGUAGAUUUCCAAAGCCUAAAUCUUCGCUCUCUAUUAGCCCACAUUGGGAGGCGCUUUUUAUGUAAGUGUAAUUUCUUCAGCUGGAAAUGUGUGUGUUGGUCUUUCAUUAGUAUAAGAAUAAUGUUUAUAACCCAUGUGGACUGUACUUUUAUAUUUUGUUACAGUGUAUAUAUCUAUUUUUUCCCCAGCGAUGAUGGUAGAUAAUAAAAUUCGUAACACAUUGA